AUGUCAGAUGAAAUAAUUGAAAACAAUGACAAAGUGGCUAAAUAGAUUAUCAUAGAUGAAGGCCACGAGUUUGUAAAUUCAUCAGACUAAAGAUUACCAAGUAUUCUAAGUCAAAGUCAUCUUCCUCUGCCAUUUUCAGGAGAAGAAUUCUCACCUACCAACACUGAUGAAUUUUUAAACACUACCAUUCCUCAAGGGACUAUAUUAGAGUGUGAUGUGAAAAUAGUCAAAGGAUGGUUUGGUUGCCAUUUAGCCUACAAUUUUUAUCAUUCAAAAACUCAAAAACUCUUACUUUCAGUUAAAAAAUCGAAAUGUACAGGUAGCCACAAAUUUUAUUUGAGCAAAUCAGAAACUGAACUUGAUAUAGUUGGAACGUUAGAGUAUUAUUUUAAUCAUAUUUUUUAGGUCUAAUUUUAGUGGUACGUAAUUCAUUUUGUAUUCAAAAGGGCUUUCCUACAAGAAUUCAAAUGAAAAAAACAAUUUAAGAAAAGAACUCGCGUUCAUUCAUUAUGAAUACUAAUUAUUAAAAACAAGAAGUAAUAUUUUUUAUAUAUAUUUCUAGAAGGAAAUCUUUUUAAAGCAUAUAUUCCUUCCUUAAAAGAAGGUUUGCCUGUGUAAAUUAUUCCCACAGAUGAAAAUACAGGAUUGAAAAUCAAAAGCAGAUUUACAAAUAAACGAAAUCAAGAAUAUUUAGAAUUUCAUACUCUAGAGCCUAAUUGGAAUUAUAAAUACUAAUCCUUUACACUUCCAUUUAAUUCUAGAGUAAAUAGCGCAUCUGUUCAUAAUUUUUUGCUUAAAUAAUUAAAUGAGGAUGGCAAAUUAAAUAAAGAUGUAGCAAUUUAGUUUGGAAAAUGUGAUGAAAAGUUCUUAAACAUAGAUAUUGCUUAUCCUUUCACUCCAUUGCAAGCUUUCUCAAUCGUCAUCAGCUAAUUGGAUAAUAAACUACUAAUCUGA